AUGUACACCAUCUUAAGAAGUAUGGAGAACUGAUGGCAAACACACUGAAGAGAAAAUAUGCCCCUAAGACUCCCUCCAACAUCAAGCAGAGCACAUUACUGAAAAAAUAAAAAAUUAUGUAUGCACUCACUAACUGUAGGUCGCUCUGGAUAAGAGCGUCUGCUAAAUGACUAAAAUGUAAAAUGUAAAUGUAAUAAAGCCCUACUAGUAAACACUAUUUAACAGGCAAGCAGCUGCAUACAAAUUAUUAGAGAUCAUGUUCAUGAUUAUCCAUCAAUUAUCAUAUUUGUUAAUCACAGAUUAUAAUGUUGAUAUAAUGUGGGUGCAUUUACUGAAUAGGAGGAGCUAAGAUGAGAGGUGGAAAGAUGAUUCUCCUCUAACUGACUGGAACAGUGGGAUAUCUUCAGUUCUGCCUCCUGAUAACACACUGUUACACCCAUCACCAUGUUUCUCUACCCAGUGUUUCUCCUCUCUGCACUUGUUAGUGAGUAUUAGUCUUACAUUACAUACUUUUAGUUUAUUCAAGGUAACUGUCAAGUGUCAUUUGAAAAUAGCACUUCCUAGAAGAAAUGUAAAUUACUGAUUAUCUUUUCACUUGUAAUGAAUAUGACACAGAGUAUGUAAUAAUUUAUCAUGAACUAAAAAUGUUUAUCUAAACUUAACAUUAUUACAGGAGGAAGUUAUGAAAAUGACAUAAAACCAACUUCAGAGACAGAACAUGGCAUGGAGGGAAGCAGUGUUACACUGUCUUGCAACUACUCUGGCUCAGUAGACUAUCUUCAAUGGUAUCGUCAAUAUCCCAGAUCAGCACCCCAAUUCCUCCUCUACACUACAGUCUCCUCAAACCCUGCUGUAUUUAAAGCUAAACCUGAAGACCCUCGACUCUCUGUUAAUCUGAAUGAAGAGAGAACCCGUGUGGAUCUGGAGAUCUCCUCUGCUGAAGUGACAGACUCUGCUCUGUACUACUGCGCUCUGCUGCCCACAGUGACAGGAAACCCAGAAACACUGUACAAAAACCUGACAGCUCAUGAUAAACUCCUCUUAUGCGUCUUUUAGGGCAGGGGUGAGCAGUAGCGAUUUUGUAUUUAAAUCUUGGUGGGGCAAACUAAAAAAAAACAUGUCUAGAUGCAUGCCAGCAAAGCCACUAUACUACACAACACUAAACAAUACACUUAUUGCACUAUAACAGUGACAAACGGUGCCCACAAACUGUUAGGGCCUACAUAAAACUGUCCCAACAGAAGUGCCAACACCUUACCACUGCUACACCUGACUAUCAGCGGAGCCUUGUCUGGCAGCGAAACAGUUUAUUCAGCCUCAUUUACUGCCUUUAAAAAACACAUAGCUGAUAUGGCUGACUUUUUUUAAAAUGUGGUUUCUACUAACAAUUGAGAUGUACAAACUAUGGCAUAAGGGAAAGAUGAGCGGAUAAGAGGCAAUCAUUAAUUUCGAUUAAGACAUUCAUGAGCGAGCUAAGACCGAUGUAGUCAAUAUAACUAUUUGUUAUAUUGACUACAUCUGUGACAAGAUGGCGUAUUGAACACACAGCGGUGCGAAUCACCUCAAGAGAAAAAUGUAAUAUUCAAUAUCAGUAAGUUAAGACUAAAUGUUAGCACUUCAUAUACUCGUGGGUAAUAACAUUCAAUCUGGAUAAUAACACAAAACAAAUCAUAAGGCUAGAGAAAUGUAUCGACAAAUAUUACAACAAAAAGCAACACUCAAACAUAACGGAGGAUAAACGAGGAGAAUCAAUCUCCAAAAGAAAACGCGACUCCUCGACGGAUACAGAUGAUUUAUGCUUUUCACCACUGGGACUGGUAAGUGUGGAAGUCGAUAAAUGACAAACUGGGCAUACUAGAGUUUGUCAGUAAGGAUGUAAAGGAGUUGAAGGCGAGUCUUGAAAUGAGUGACGAAAAAGCUGCGAUUAAAACCCUUUGUCACAUAUUCUGUUCUGGUGAUGCCAUUGCCCAUCAUUUACAUUAAUGUGCACUGCGAUGACAGGAAUGAUCCCGCUUUUUCCAUAUCAUUGCAACCUCAGGCUACCGAGUGGCACAGCGGUCUAAGGCACUGCAUCUCAGUGCUUGAGGCGUAACUACAGACCCCCUGGUUUGAUUCCAGGCUGUAUCACAACCAGCCGUGAUUGGGAGUCCCAUAGGGCGGCGCCGGGUUUGGCCGGUGUAGGCCGUCAUUGUAAAUAAUAAUUUGUUCUUAACUGACUAAAAAUGUGGGAUAUAUAAAAAUAAAAAUAAAAUCAGUGUGAUGACGAUGAAUAAAUGUGGAAAACUGAUUGGGUUUUCAAAAAGUCAUCAACGUAAGGGCAUUUCCUCUUUUUGUUUUUACCAAACUUUUCGAACCUAAAUCCAAUGACAUGGUGACAUUUGUUGUUGGUUUCACGGUUGGUUUCCAAUAUAGACCUUGACUACUGUUUUAAAUAUAUAAUUUAGUAAAGAUAACUCUUUGUGACAUCGGGCGGCAUAGCCCAGGUCUAUAUUGGACUGGUUCAUAGGCUACUGUGGUCUGUGCCUUUCUUUCUGAUUUUGUUGCAAACCCUUACUAGACAUAUGAUUUGAUUUGAUAUGUCAGAUUUGGCCUGAACAGAAAAUAUAUUUCUCCAAGGCCCAUAACAACUGCCCAAUUAUAAUUUGUAAAUGAUUUGGAGAAGAUGAUAACAUUCUGUAAAAUAAAAAUAUAAUGGUUCUAAAUACAGAACAUGUAAAAAGGAAUCCCUUUGGAAGGUCAACAAAUCAAUGAAAUAUACAAUAAGCUCCUCCCCUACUGCAGAGCCCCACAAUUAUGAGACUUCUAGCCUAUUAUGUACUAUAAAACCCCACUUUUUUUUUUUUCAUAUUGCAAAGGUGGAGAGGCUGUUGACCAGCAGAGUGGACAUGUUACUGCCCUUGAGGGAUGACUGGUAACACUCAGCUGUAACUACACUACUAGCAGUUGAUGGGUUCUGACUUCUAAUCUUGAAGUAUUGUUAAUCAUCAGGUAUCCUAUGGAAGUGAGAAGGGCCACAGUCUGGUUUCUACACUAGAAGUUAAUGGUUAUCUGUAGAAGGAAUGUAUAUGGUGGGGUCAAUUAAGGUUGGAUAUGAGCCAGGGACUUGGAAUGUACUGAGUAAAGAAAGGCAAUCACAUGGUUGAGGUCACUGAUAAGGGUGGAGAGCUGUGGAUUAGUGAGGAAUGGGGGCCGAGGUCAGGUCAUGUCACAUUAAGGGAGAAGGAACCGUUUAUUACCCACAUCACUUAACUUCCUGUCUAGCAAUAAAUAUGUAAUGUUUAGAGGGAAGGAGGAGUUCUCCUAAAUUGGAGUCUAUAUAUUUGUGUUGGUGGGAACAUGUCUUUGUCAGUUCAGCUGUCUGAACCUUUGGGUGAAUAAACUUGGUUUGAGCUUUCAUUAAGUUGUCAGUGAGUUUUUACUCUGGUUAUUUAGAACCUAACACAGUACGACAUCUCCUGAUCUCUUCUGGUACAUCCAGUUAACUAGGGACUCUCCUCAGUAUGUCCUGAGAAGAGAUCGUUAUUCAGAAGAGAGCAAUAGUGAUGAGUUCAAGAAGAAGUUUGAUUACAGGCUGAAUUUCACAUCUAGCUCUGUCCCCUUGACGAUCCAGAGGUUGCAGCCGUCUUACUCUACUUUGUACUACUGUGCUCUGAGGUCCACUGUGACAACAGGAGAUUCAGUCACUGCACAAAAACUCAGGGUAGAGUGUUGUUCAGACAAUGUCACAAGCUUCUCAAUGUUUGAUGAUACACUGAAAGAGAAGGAGACAAUGAUUUCAUAUCUAGCUCUGUCCCCUUGACGAUCCAGAGGGUGCAGCUGUCUGACUCUGCUGUGUACUACUGUGCUCUGAGGCCCACUGUGACAACAGGAUAUACAGCCCCCUUACAAAAACAUACUGAGCUACACCUGUCUGUACAGUAUACAACAACACUUCGAAAUGGACACAGUAACCUUCUCACUACCUUCCUGAUACUACCAAGACUAUUUACAUUUUAGUCAUUUAGCAGACACUCUUAUCCAGAGCAACUUACAGUUAAUGAGUACAUACAUUAUUGUUUUCAUACUGGCCCCCCGUGGGAAUCGAACCCACAACCCUGGCAUUGCAAACGCCAUGCUUUACCAACUGAGCUACAUCCCUGCCGGCCAUUUCCCACCCUACCCUGGAUGACGCCCCAUGGGUCUCCCGGUCGCAGCCGGCUACAACAGAGCCUGGAUUCGAACCAAGAUCUCUAGUGAUACAGCUAGCACUGCAAUGCAGUGCCUUAGACCACUGCGCCACUCGGGAGGUUAGCAGAGGAUGGUAAUCAUAGUGAUGAUGAUGAUGAUGAUGAUUAUGCAGUAAGUCAUUUUUUAUGCCAAUAAAGCUCCCUCUUCCAAUUCAGCUCUAAAUACAGAUCUAAGAGACAUUAAAAUGAUAUUUCAAUUAGAAAAUAUAUAUUUUUUUCAUAUAAUUCAUCUUUAGGAGACAAAACCAAUACUCAGUAUUUUGUACAGAGUAAUGAAAAAGCCAGCAUCAACCACAAAGGGAACACAUCACCAAGUGAGUGUUGCUUUCUACUCUGAAAUGACUUGUCUAUUUGAACAUCCCCUCUGUGCUGUGCUGCAUGGUCUAGGCCUGUGCUGCUACAAAGACAGGAAUCAAGAGAGCACACCAGUUUCUAUAUUGUAACAUCAGUAUUUUGUACAGAGUAAUGAAAAGCCAGCAUCAACCACAAGGGGGCCACAUUACCAAGUGAGUGUUGCUUUCUACUCUGAAAUGACUUGUCUAUUUGAACAUCCCCUCUGUGCUGUGCUGCAUGGUCUAGGCCUGUGCUGCCACAAAUCAAAUCAAAUACAUUUUUAUUUUGUCACAUACCCGUGUUUAGCAGAUGUUAUAGCGGGUGUAGCGAAAUGCUUGUGCUUCUAGCUCCGACAGUGCAGAAAUAUCUAACAAGUAAUAUCUAACAAUUUCACAACAAAUAAAAUAUACAAGCAUGACAGAGCGGCAUGGACUAAGAUACAGUAGAAUAUUAUAAAAUAGAAUGCAGUAUAUACAUAUGAGAUGAGUAGUGCAAGAUAUGUAAAUAUUAUUAAAGUGACUGUAAACAUUAUUAAAGUAACUAGUGUUCCAUUUCUUAAAGUGGCCAGUGAUUUCAAUAGGCAGCAGCAGCCUCUAAUGUGCUAAUGAUGGCUAUUUAACAGUCUGAUGGCCUUGAGAUAGAAGCUGUUUUUCAUUCUCUCGGUCCCAGCUUUGAUGCACCAGUACUGACCUCGCCUUCUGGAUGAUAGUGGGGUGAACAGGCAGUGGCUCGGGUGGUUGUCCUUGAUGAUCUUUUUGGCCUUCCUGUGACAUCGAGUGCCGUAUGUGUCUUGGAAGGCCGGUAGUUUGCCCCCGAUAAUGCGUUCGGCAGACCGCAUCACCCUCUGGAGAGCCCUGCGGUUGCGGGCGGUGCAGUUGCCGUACCAGGUGGUGAUACAGCCCGACAGGAUGCUCUCAAUUCUGCAUCUGUAAAAGUUUGUGAGGUUUUUAGGUGCCAAGCCGAAUUUCUUCAGACUCCUGAGGUUGAAAAGGCUCUGUUGCGCCUUCUUCACCACACUGUCUGCGUGGGUGGACCAUUUCAGUUUGUCGGUGAUGUGUACGCCAAGGAACUUGAAGCUUUCCACCUUCUCCACUGCGGUCCCAUCGAUGUGGAUAGGGGGGUGCACCCUCUGCUGUUUCCUGAAGUCCACGAUCAUCUCCUUUGUUUUGUUGACGUUGAGUGAGAGGUUAUUUUCCUGGCUCCCACAGCCCUCACCUCCUCCCUGUAGGCGAUCUUGUCAUUGUUGGUAGUCAAGCCUACUACAAAGACAGGAAUCAAGAGAGCACCAGCUUCAUACAAUAUAACAAUAGUUUUUGCUCUUGCUCUUGCUAUGGUAUCAGAAUACAGCCAACAGUAGCUGAGGUUUGAUCUUCAGUGUAAGACUGCCAUGCAGAAAUGUCUAAUUCUCCUUGUGGCCUCAGGUAAAUGUCUAUUAUAUAUUGAGCACCUCACUUUUAGCAUUUAUAGCAUUACUAGAAUAGAAAAUGAUGCUGUUACCAUUACAUGAUAUGUUACAGUGAGACAGAAUGUUAUGUACAGUAUUAUCAUUUGGAUUUUAUUGUUCUAUUUCUGUAUACAGUAGUAAUACUGCAUUUACUGCAUUAUCUUUCCAGAACUGAUUACUGGGGAUCACAUUACUCCUGUAAAUCCCAGAGUAAUCUGUACAGAAGGAGCAUCUGUGACACUGAGUUGCUCAUAUGAUACAAGCAGUGAUAAUAUUCUGCUUUAUUGGUACCAGCAGUACCCUAACCAGGCUCCUCACUUUCUAUUGGUUAAGGUGCCACAUAAAGUACCAGUUAACAUUCCUCUGAUAGUUGAUAUAAAUCCACAACGUAUAGCAUCUGAACUGGUUAUAAAACAUCUAACCCUGGCAGACACUGCUCUCUACUACUGUGCUUUUGGGAAAGCACGCACAUUGCUUCCAUUUUUUAUUUUUCUUGUUUGAUCCUUCUAUCUUGGCGGAAACUGUUUCCAGACCACAAUUAUAUAUUAGAUACACUCUAGAUGUUUUUAGGCUACCAGAGUGACUGUGGUUAUACCUGUUAAUGUCCUCUCUACUUUCAAGUCUAUCAGCAGCAGCACUAGUGUAGAAAAAGAAACUAUAUUUAACCUCUGUAGUGUAAGUGACAUUGGCAGGUCUGUCAGCUAAUGUGACACACAGUGACACACAGAGGAACACUUCAGAGGAGACUGAAUGCAUGCAAACGUCAGUCUGCAGGAGUUAGUUACGGGGAUGGAAUUUUCUCCAACAGUCUUGAGGAGGAUAUGAUAUAUGGUGGCAGUGUCAAGCUUUCCUGCAACUACACAGUAUCUGGUGGAGGCAGUGUAUUCAGAAUCUGCUGAGACAAUAGUUACUGCAGAACCACCGUAUUCUUAACUGUCACUGUAAUGUAUUUGUCAUCUUGCUCAGUUGUACACCGGGGCCUCACACUCCUCUUUCUAUUCUGGUUAGAGCAAGUUUCCGCUGUUCUGUGAAGGGAGUAGUACACAGCGUUGUACGAGAUCUUCAGUUUCUUGGCAAUUUCUUGCAUAGAAUAGCCUUCAUUUCUCAGAACAAGAAUAGACUGAUGAGUUUCAGAAGAAAGUUAUUUGUUUCUGGCCAUUUUGAUUCUGUAAUCGAACCCACAAUUGCUGAUGCUCCAGAUACACAACUAGUCUCAAGAAGGCCAGUUUUAUUGCUUCUUUAAUCAGCACAACAGUUUUCAGCUGUGCUAACAUAAUUGCUAAAGGGUUUUCUAAUGAUCAAUUAGCCUUUUAAAAUGAUAAACUUGGAUUAGCAAACACAGCGUGCCAUUGGAACACAGGACUGAGGGUUGCUGAUAAUGGGCCUCUGUACACCUAUGUAGAUAUUCCAUUAAAAAUCAGCUGUUUCCAGCUACAAUAGCCAUUUACAACAUGUCUACACUGUAUUUUUUAUCAAUUUGAUGUAAUUUUAAUGGACAAAAAAAUUGCUUUUCUUUUGAAAACAAGGACAUUUCUUAGUGAACCCAAACUUUUGAACGGUAGUGUAUAUAGUAUGUAUAAGCUGGAAGUAAAGGCCUAAGCGUUAUUGUUCACCAGUUUACUGCAAUAAGGGAAGGGGUGGUGGGGUUGGAAAGUAAUAAAGGGAAAGAUAUGUAUACAUAUGUAUGUAGACAUAUUUAUAUGUAUGUAUGUGUAUAUGUAUGUGUAUAUGUAUGUGUAUGUAUGUAUAUGUAUAUGUAUAUAUAUAUAUAUAUAUAUAUAUAUAUAUAUACAUAUAUAUUUGCGAGAAAAAAAACAAUUACAAUUACAUUGAUGGAAGUUACAAUCUAUCUGCAAUAUUAAAGCUGUUGAGAUGUACAAACUAUGGCAUAAGAGGACGACGAGUGGAUAAGAGGCAAUCUGUAAUUUCGAUUAAGACAUUAAUGAGCGAGCUAGGACAGACAUAGUCAAUAUAACUAUUUGUUCAGCACUUUUGAAAUGUACAGCGGCAGAAUUCAGAACAUGGGCCAUUCUUACAGUAUUCUCCCUGUUCACCAAGUCAGAACCGUUGGAUAAAUAAAGGGGGCAUAUAAGCAGACGAUGAAAGCUCUUACAAUAUUCGGUGAUGACAUUCCUCUAAAACAGGCUGUAGGCUACAUGUGCACCACCAAGUCAGUACAGCACAUGGACUGCUAACAGCUUACUACACAACUUUCUUACAGUAGACAUAUCUCCCUGGCAUAUUACAUCAUUUAUGCAGCAUCAUACAAUACAUUUUUGGACUCACCUUUUUGUGCUAUGCUCACUUGAACAGGAAGGUGGCACGACGGUCCUUCGUGUGCAAAUUUUGUCAUCAAACUUUGUCAUCAAAGUCUGGCAUUCUCUGGAUUUAUGGUGAUUUCAAGACAACUGGGAACUCUGAAAAAAAACGAGGUUGAAUCACGAUGGCAGUGAUCUUCAGGUCUGAGCUCUACAAAGAGGCCCGAGUUCCCGACUUGCAAUUACGAGUUGGAUGAUUGUUCAAAACAUAUUUUCCCUGUUGGAGCUCGUUUCUUCCCGAGUUCCCAGUAGUGUUGAACUCACUGAAGUCCGAGAUUUCCAUGUUCCCAGUUUCCAGAUGUUUUGAGCGUUUUGACAGCAUUGCCAAUGUUGAAUGUUCAUCCUUUUAAGCUUGGAAAAGAGACCCUUAAACCCAGACUUGUACCACACACCCUCCCCACUGAAUAGCAGGGGAAGCAAAAUAUUGAUUGGUUUGCGACUCUUGCAGUUAACCACUGAUUCCUUCCAAACCACUUUCCAACUUGUUGUGUAAUGUUUAUGUCCAAUGGCCGAUGAGCACUGACACGUUUUAUCUAUAAUUUAUCUUCAUAUGACAAGGAUUGAAAAGGAUUUGCCAGUAGAUUGUCGACUUGAUUCAUGAUGAUGACUGCUAGCUUGCUAGCUAAGAUUUUGAAAGUAUGAUGUUGAUAUGAUCAGUCCAAUCAAAGCUACGGUAGAUAUAAUGUGAUUUGACGUCAUUUUAUCUGUGGCCAAUGACCUUGAGCCUUCUUGGAUGGGCACUUCUGAUAUAACUCUAUAGCAGCACCCAAGGGGCUUGAAUUUUCGAGCUCUACUCGUAGAUUUUGUGGUGACGUAGUGUCCCAAUGAGCGACAGAAUACUGAGCCAAUCAUGGCGCAACUAGAUAACAUUACCAACCCCUACGCUCCGUAUUUUCCGCUGGCUGCACCACCACCACAGAAAGAACUGAGCUAGGCUGAAACACCUGCAUUUUGGAGCUGCCUUACUCAAGAAAGCAAAAAAGAGACCGUUUGUAUGCAGCUUUAUUAAUUCAAAUUUUAUUUUUUAUUCAUCAUUGUUUGCUAACUGAUAUUUGACACAUAUUAAUGCAAGCAUAACAUGCAAAACAGGCAGAAAAUAAAUGAAUAAACAGGUGGGGCUCAAAACAGGUGAGGCUUACUACUGUAGGUUCAUGAAAAUAAAUAAUAUCAAAUUGUAUUUGUCAUAUGUGCCGAAUACAACAGUACCUUACAGUGAAAUGGUUACUUACAAGCCCUUAACCAACAAUGCAGUUUUAAGAAAAAUAAGCGUUAAGUAAAAAAUAGAUAAGUAAAAAAGAAUUAAAGAGCAGCAGUAAAACAUCAGCGAGGGCGUACCGGAACAGCGAGGGGGUACCGGAACAGAGUCAAUGUGCGGGGGGAACAGGUUAGUCGAGGUAAUUGAGGUAAUAUGUACAUGUAGGUAGAGUUAAAGUGACUGUGUUGGACUUCACUCCAGCAUAUAACCUCAGCUAAAAUAUAAUGAUUCUCUACACAGUUAUUUUACUUUCUGCACUGACAGGUUAGUCAAUUACUGUAUUCCUGUCAUCAUUUUAACUACAUUGUUUAGGCUAAUGUAUAGUUUAUCUGUAUUAUUGGAUUUUAGAGUAAAUACCAAGAUCUUUCCUCAUUUCAAAUACAUCUUCUUUGUGAUUUAUCCAUCACCUCUUAACAUUUGCAGGUGACAGUUUUCAACACACCAUCCAGCCAAACCAACAUGAAGUGUAUGGAGAGGAGGGUAGUAAUGUUCAGCUUUCCUGCAACUACUCCUCAGCGUACAGUGUACUGUGUUAUAAACAGUAUCCAGGAUCAGCUCCCCAAUUCCUCCUCUUCAUCCACCAUGCCUCUAGGACUGUAGUGAGAGCUAAACCUCCAUACUCUCACCUCACUGUUAAACUGAACAAAGAGAAGACCCGUGUGGAUCUGGAGAUCUCCUCUGCUGAAUUGAGAGACUCUGCUCUGUACUACUAUGCUGUGUUGUCAACAGUGACACAUAACUCUCUGACUCAGCACUCAGUAGAAUACAGACCUGUCACCUGUCAGUUA